GCCGGCGAAUCUGGUCGGAGAAAAAGGAGUAAUAUUUGGAUCCCCACUGACAGAGGAAGGCAUUGCCCAGAUAUACCAACUGAUUGAAUAUCUACACAAAAACUUGAGAGUAGAGGGUUUGUUUAGAGUACCAGGGAAUAGUGUCCGACAGCAGAUUUUAAGGGAUGCUCUCAAUAAUGGAACUGAUAUCGACUUGGAAUCAGGGGAGUUUCACUCAAAUGAUGUUGCUACCUUGCAGAAGAUGUUUCUAGGAGAAUUACCUGAGCCCCUGCUGACACAUAAACAUUUCCAUGCACACCUCAAAAUUGCUGAUUUGAUGCAGUUUGAUGAUAAAGGAAACAAGACCGAUGUACCAGAUAAAGAGCGGCAAAUUGAGGCUCUUCAGUUGCUCUUCCUCAUUCUCCCUCCACCCAAUCGUAACUUGCUGAAGUUAUUGCUUGAUCUCCUGUACCAGACAGCAAAGAAACAAGACAAGAAUAAGAUGUCUGCCUAUAACCUUGCCCUUAUGUUUGCGCCCCAUGUCUUGUGGCCAAAAAAUGUCACUGCAAAUGACCUUCAAGAGAAUAUCACAAAGUUAAACAAUGGGAUGACUUUUAUGAUUAAACACUCUCAGAAACUUUUUAAGGCUCCUGCUUAUAUUCGGGAAUGUGCCAGAUUGCACUAUUUGGGUUCCAGAACACAAGCAUCAAAGGAUGAUCUUGAUCUGAUAGCUUCGUGUCAUACCAGCUCCUUCCAAGUGACAAGAUCUCAGAAAUGGAACCGGCGAGAUUCCUGCCUUCAUCAGGAGGAGACCCAGCAGCGUACGGGAGAGGCACUAAGAGAAUUGUUCCAACAUGUUCACAAUAUGCCAGAGUCGGCAAAGAAGAAACACCUUAUCAGACAGUUUAAUAAGCAUUCUGAGACCCAAACACCAGGACGAGAACCUUCUACCCUCCGGGUGCAGAAGAGGGCCCGUUCACGGUCCUUCAGUGGCCUUAUUAAGCGGAAGGUCCUGGGAAAUCAGAUGAUGUCAGAAAAGAAAAACAAGUACCCUACUCCAGAAUCUGUAGCCACUGAUGAAUUGAAGAGAACCAGCAAAGAAAAUAUGAAUUUAUUAUUUUCUGGCUCUCCAUCUGUCAUGAUGACACCAACAAGACUGAAAUGGUCUGAGGGGAAGAAAGAGGGGAAAAAAGCCUAGGAUUCCUCUGAAGGAUCCAGAGGUUUCCUGUUGUCCACCCAGAAUUUUCUCUUUUGUGGGCCAGGUGCCAUUACCGCUCACAGAGAAGCUUGGACUUGCAGCUUGCUUGCUGCAUGUUGAAUUGUGAAAGCCAACUAAUCCUGUGACUUGACUGACGCCUCUAACCCCACUCAGUGGGUGACAUCUACGGACUCUGCCUGCUGAACCAGUGCUAGCGACUCUCUCUCUCUUUUAAAAAAAAUGUUAUGGGGAAACCACUAACCAGCCAAAUCAGCCUAGACAGCACAGUAGAUGAGUAGAACCAGGCAGACUCCUGUGCUCAUUCCACGUAUUUGUUUAGGCAGAUUCUAUUUUUAAAACAUUUGAAAUCUGUGCUCAACUGCCAGUGAUGUUUUUAAAAAGUGCUGUCAAUCCUGGUGGAUUGAUGUUAUUUUUAACUGAUAGCUUGGGCUUUUCUCUAUUUUGAUAGUUUUGGGGGAUAUUUUGGUUACUGUUUCUUCUUUAUUUGUUGUUUGUGUAUUUUAAAAGGUAAAAAAUCAAAGUGGGCUCUAAGCCAGAUGUCUUUCCUCUCUUUUUCACCUUAAGCUUUGGGAAAGCUCUUUAUCUUAUGAGGCUUUACUCCUCAAUACCUAUUUGUGUCCAAAGAAUUUAUAGCUUUCCUGGAAAUUUUUUAUUAUUUCUUGGGCCUGAGAUUGUAGGUAUUUGGCCUGCAGUAUCAAAAAAGGAGAAUUCAGAAUGAUACAAUAUUUAAACAAAUAAUAUUAAACUGUGGCCCUUCUUCCCUCCCUCCAUUCUCUCUCCUUUCCUCCCUUCCCCUUUCCUCAGUGAUGUCAAAAUGGUUGUGUGGUUGCUGAACUCCUUUCCUUCAUUCAGUUUCCUCUCGCCUAAAACACCUCUGGUGCCAGUGUGGUGCCAGUACUUCUGUGACAAAUCACUGGGACUCAAGGAGUGUCACCAACAGCUCACUUGAGGCUUGCUGAAACUCCUGUAUGUAGUGGAAGCUCUGGAGAGGGACUAGGAUGGGGCUGGCUUUAUGGCCAGGACAACUCUUGAUGGGUGGGAUUAUAUUGCAUCCUUCUAAGGGAUCAGGUGUGCAGGCUGGACCGUCUCCUGAGAGCCAGCUGGAGUCAGAGGGAGGAAGUGAGCAUCAGUCUCCAUGGGGCUGAGAGAUUUAAAGGAGAGAAUGCCCUUAUUUGGAAGCAGUUGUUUUUUAUCACCCAUGUUCAAGGGCGGCUGCUGGCCCACCCCUCUCCUUGUCACGAUGGGCAUGGGGAGCAGUUUGGAGAUGGGCUGGAGCUUUGACUGGGUUGGGAUGUUCACAUGUGUCUGAGGUGAGCAUUGGGAUGGCUCUGAUCUAGUGUGGGAACUCACUGCCCAGAGAGUAGCAGGGGCAGGUGAGAGUGUUAGUCUGUGCCUGCUCUGUUAGGUGUGUAACCUUUCUCACCCUGUGUGCCGGAACUGAGUCAGGCCUCAGCGGGGGCGGGGGGGGGCAGUUGCCCAGCAAACCAUGACUUGCUGACCUAUUUUUAAACAGUUGAAAUGCUGUGUUGUUGCUGAAACAAAAGAUGACUCUGGGGAGCACAGUUUGGUUUUGCAUCCGGAUGUCAGUCCUGGCUUCCAUAUUUUCUGUUUCUUCUGCUGCUAUAACAGCAGUAGUAGAGAAAAAUGUAAAAUUUGGCUGUCCAACUUGAUAGAUUGUGAACAAUA